GGGACAAUAAAACGAUCAAAGUAAAGACACGGCUUAGUCGAUCUUAUGAGCUUUACGCUGUUAAUUUUUCACGUGUACUAAGCACAAUCCUACACGAUGGUAAACCUGAAAAAUGAGAAUAUCAUCAAGGAGAAGAGCAUGACGUUCAGAACGGAGAACAACGUAUUGAUUGGCGAGGAGGUAUCAAUUUAUAAAGAAUGCACAAACGUCGGUGGGUUGGUGUUGGAGAAGAUGCGAAGCAGACCGGAGUUCGUUGCUCAAGUGGAGGCGGUUACCGGCGCGGCGACCACUUUUGCAGAAAUGACGGAGAAAAGCGUGAAGUGCGCGCUGUGGCUGAGAGAGCAAGCUGUUCAGCCAGGCGACAUAAUCGGCAUUUGCACUCACAAUCACUUGGAGUCAUACGUACCGCUGCUGGCGGCACUCUACGUCGGCGCCAUCAGCAAUCCCUGGGACAACGAACUUUCCCCAAUAACAGCGCGUUACUUCCUCUUGCUGACGAGACCGAAGGUCGUGUUCGUGAAUGCCGAGUCGGCCGAGUGUCUGGCGCAGGUUGUCAAGGAAAACAAUCUGAACACCAAAUUGGUGAUAUUCGACGAACUGGCGGGAUUCGAGGACGCGUCCCUGACGAGCGUUCUGCGUUCUCAGGACGCCGCGGGCAUUGACGAAUUUGAGUGCGCGAAGUUGGCCAGCCCCGAUCAUGUCGCCACGAUCGUUUGCUCGUCCGGCACCAGCGGCCUGCCGAAAGGCACCGAGAUCAGCCACGCGUCCAUGAUCAAUUACAUGGCUCACGUCAAGAUCCACGAUCUCCGAGGACACGUGUCCAUGUGGACACCUUCCAUGCGUUGGUACUGCGGUCUAUUCAUCAUUAUCAAGGCUAUUCUCGAUUGUUCGAAGAGGGUCGUAGUCCCGGAUAGCGAUGACACCGAGGAGACGUGUCACUUCAUCGAAAAGUACGAGGUAUCCUGGUUUAGAUGCGAUUCCUGCUUCCCCAUUCGACUGGUAAAGUUCGGCAUAUUAAGCAAGUACCGACUACCAACAUUGAAAAUCCUUUUGUUUGGCGGCGCGCAUUUCCGGGGAGAGCUGCAGCAGACUCUGGUGAAACUUUUGCCGCAUACCGAUGUCAUAUUGAGCUACGGAAUGACAGAUUACGGUGGAUUAUGCGCCCGUCAGACGAGACGUAGUAAACCAGGCAGUUGCGGAUUUGUGUGCGAAACAGGACGGCUGAAAGUGGUCGAUCCUGACACGGGAAAGGUCUUGGGGGUCAACAAAACCGGAGAAAUAUGGGCCAAAUCGUCGUACAUGAUGAAUGGAUACUACAACAACCCCGAGGCCACAAAGAACGCUAUCGAUUCGAACGGAUGGUUGCAUACUGGCGAUCUUGGUUAUUACGAUGACGAUGGUGAAAUCUUCCUCGUUGACAGAAUGUCAGAAUUCAUCAACUACAGAUCCAUCAAAAUAUCGCCCGCGGAAAUCGAAGCUUUGAUUCAGCAGCAUUCCGCGGUCCUCGAAGUCGCUGUAGUGGCGGUGCCGCAUUCUGUCGAAGAGGAACACGCUAUGGCUUUUAUCGCGAAAGUACCCGGAAAAGAGGCGACGGAGCUCGACAUAACCGACUUGGUGGAGCAGAACAUGCCGUGGUACUGCAGGUUGCAUGCGGGAGUUAAAUUCAUGCAGAGGCUUCCUCGCACGGCCACGGGGAAGAUCGCUAAGAAGGAGCUCAAGCAGAUCGCUAGGAAUUACGCGACGAAUUAAAACGAUAGCGUAAUUAUUGUGUGUAUUACUGUUAUAUUUAGGACAUGUACCACUAUAAUCGUUAUUGUUUUUUAGCAUUUCAAUGAUUUAAAAAUUUAAUGUUUCUGUAAUAAUUUCCUAUAGUAUUAUAACACGAUAUAAUGUACAACAUGACCCUAAUGUAAAAAUUCUCUUUAUGUACGCUUCGUUUCUAAUAAAUUAAUUUGAUAUAA